UUUUGCCGAGGCCUUCCGAUAGAUCUUUGAUUAAUAAUUUGUGUAAUUCACCAGACAUUUGUGACUGAACUCAGCUGUUAUGUUACGUUAUGUCAAAAUUGUUCCUACCUUUGUAACUAAACAGGUGCCCCCAUUGUGAUAACAGUGCGUUUGAUUGACAGAUUGAGUCCAGGUGAAAUCAACAUGGAGUGAAAAACAGAGCUCCUAGUUUGACAACUUUAUAAUUUGACAUAACAUUGAGCCGUGUAAACAAAAUGGUGAACAGUACAGAGGUGGAAGGAUAUUACCAUUGAGUCAUUUAAAAUAAAGUACAGUAUUUACAGAGACACACAAUUAAAACUGUUAACAGGGGAAUUAAAAUCGAGGAAAUAAAAAAGUCGAUGAAAUUCAAGAUAUUUUUACUGUUGGUGAGCAAAAGUGAGAUUGAGGAAAUUUUAUAUAACAUACAAGUGAAAUCUGUUUUCACAUCUGGAAGUUUUAAUGGUUAUCAGCAUCAGGUGAUGAUGAAGAUGAUGAUGACAAAGAUAAAAACACAGGAAACAUGCAGAUAGAGAAUUUGACCAAACCCAGUUGCUUUGACAACAAAUUGAAUGAACUUGACUUGAAGGAAAACCAGGUAGAUGACAUUGAAGUGAAUCAUACAGAUUUAAAGAUGGAGAGUGAAAAUAUUGAAAAAGAUGUGGUGAAAUGUGAAAAAAUAAAUGGCUGUCAGAAUGAUGAAAAUGAAAAUAUGACUGUUGAAGACAAGAAAACCAAAUCUGUGAAACAUGAAAAUGAUGAAAAAGAAAAUAUUGUUGAAGAAACUGAUUCUGAUAUCACUGAGAAGGAGAAUCUUUUUGUCAAGAAAGAAAACAAUAUGGAUGAAAUAGAUAUUGAAAAAGAAAUAAAGAAAGAACUUAAAGAAGCUGUUGAAAUAAGAAUUCCAAAAAUUAAGCACAAGUUAGAUUUAGAAGAUUAUAAAUGGAUGUCGGGUUGUCUUGAAAAGUCAAACAAGAGGCCAGAGACUCCGCCUCUUCAGAAACUAAUGAGACAAGAUUUCUCUCCCCUGAAGUCAGGUAGUUUAUCAUCUCCAUCUCCUCCAAAAAAGUUCAAAGAAAGUUUGUCAAGUAAAGAAGGUUUUACAUCAAAACUAGCAUCAGUAAUCAUACCUAGUACAAGUAUGAGUGUUCCCCCAAAGACUGCCUCCCAUCCAAAACAACUCUUAUCACAUUCAAUAGCUAACCUAAGAACAUCUAGCAUGAAACAAUCAAGUUUUUCUAAAUCUGCAUUUUCACACAGUUCUUACCUUUCAAGGUCAUUUCCGUUGAGUCAAUCAUUUUUCACAUCAGCGGAAGAAGAGCAGCCUUUAGACCUUUCUAAAAAACCUUCUUCUAAAACCUCACAUGAGCCUAAAGCUAGCCCAAAGAAAAAUGGAAAUUCCAGAUCAGAAUUGCGUAAACAUGAAAAUGGACUCUCGUCAACUAGUUUGCAAAGUUUACAACAGAAAUUUGGCGGGGAUUUUCAUCUGCGUGGAUUAAGAAAACCAUUGAAUUACAUGUUGUAUGGACCAGAGAUUCCCGCUCUUCAUCAAGCAUUACUUCAUUCAGCAUCUAUGUCACUACCUCAUUUCGCUCUACCAAUGACAAAUGGUCAACCUAAAAUAACACCAGAGAAGAUAUAUCCUUCUAGACAUCGAAAUUUGACCCCAUCACCUUCCCACAAAAGUAGGAGUGAUGAAAGUGUUAAAAGUAUAAAGAGGGAAGAUGUUGCACCAGUCGAGAAAUCAAUCAAAAGGGAAUUGGAAAAGGUUGAUGUUGAAAGUGAUCCUAGUCUUGAAGAAAAACAAGGUGAAAAUUACACAAAUCAUCUAUGUACAUGUGGAAAAUGGUUUGAUGGCCUGUACUCACUGAGCCUGCACUUACAGGAAACAGGACAUCUUCCAGCCAGGAACAAGUCUGUUAGUUUGUUAGAGUAUCCCAAACUUGUUAGGGGUCAAGAUAUGUGGUUGAAUCAGGAAUCUGAACAAACUCGUAGAAUUCUUCGCUGUAUUCAAUGUGGGGAGUCAUUUAAAACACUGCCAAUGUUAACAGUACAUAUGAUGAAGACUCAGCACUACACAAAGAUUGUAAGUUCUGAGCAUGCUCGAAGAGCUCACAAAUGUUCAGCUUACUGUGACAAAGAACAGGACAAGGAAUGUGUGUUCAAGUGUAAAGUAUGUCAGGAAUCAUUCUCCGACAUGGAAGGCUUAGCCAAUCACAUGAUCAUGUCUGGUCAUCAUAAAAAACAAUCACCCAGACCACCACAGUCAUUCAGUGAACUUCAAUUUAAGAAAAGGAAGCGUUAUAGUUUUGAUGAAUCAUUAAAUCCAUAUGGAAAUCCAAGCAUGGCAGCUAUGUAUGACUACAAAAGGCAUUUAGCUGGUGGCUCAGCUAGUCCGGACCUUUCAACAGAAGAAAGUGAUGAUAGUAGAAUUAACUGUGAGAACUGUAAUUGUAAAAUUGAAACUAAGUCAUUUGUAGAACAUGUUAGAGCAUGUCUAGGACAGAAACUAAGAGAAGAUGCUGCUAGAAUAGAGAAAGAAAAUGCUAAAAAGGCAAGUAAAGAUAAGAGAAAUUUUGACAAAGCAAAUGACGAGGACUCUGAUCAUUUUAGAUCGUCUGAGAAAAAGAGAAAAUUAGAAAAUGGUUCGAGUAAAUCUAAUAGUGAUAGUGAAGAUGAAGAAGUAAAGUCUGAUGUAGAUGUAGAAUCAUUAGAUGAUGAUAAAGAUAGUAAAAGUAUGCUAGAUACCACAGACAGUUUAGAUAAAUCCAAAUUUGAUAAAUCUAGGGACACAAAAGAAUCUGAAAAAUCCAUUAAAGUUGAAAGUGAUAGUGAUGAAUUAGAACUAGGCGAGAUCAGAGACAAUAGUAAAAAUAUUCUUAAAGAAAUCCAAACUCUUGUAGAUAGUAAAAGCUCUAAACGUGAGAGAAUAGAAAAUAUAGAUAAAACUGAAGUUGCUAAAAAUGAGGGUGAGAAGAGAUCAGAAGGGAGUGGUUCAAAGAAAGUUUCUCUUGGUAAAAAACUGGAUAUCAUUGAUCCUGAUCAUGCUAAGGAAGCAAGUGAAGGAUCAGCAUUGUCCGCAAUGGAAUCAUUUAUCAAAAAGAGUUUCAGUAACAAGUUUGACUAUAAAAAGGGUAACAUAAUCAUAAGUCCACAUAGUAGUUCAGAUGCCACAAUUCAUACUAGACCAAUUAAUAGUGCAAUGAGUUUUGAUACAACAGAUUAUUUAAGUCGUUAUAAGAACUUCUAUGCAGCGCUCAAUUUAAACUUGGGUAAUGGUUUUAAACAAGGACAUAAUGAAAGAGAAGGGAGUAAGUCAAAAGUUAAUAGUCAUGAUGUAGUAAAGAAGGAAAUAAGAUCAAAGUUGGAAAAAGGGAAAGAGAGGUUGGAAAAAUCAGGAUCUCCUAAAUCUGAAGGAAGUGAAGAAAAAGAUGAUGGGAGGAGUAGCGUGAAGUCAGGUAUAUCUGAUGCUUCUAGUCAAUUGGACAAAAAUGAAAACUUAGAAACUAAGUAUUUGAAUAUGGAUGAAAAUGAGGAAGAGAGUAAGGUAGACAAAGAAAAAUCCUCUGCAUUAGACAAUCUAAGUAGUUUUGUAUAUGGUCAGAACUUAACAAGUGAACAUCCAUUGGAUAGUUUACAAAGACUGAUCACAAAAUCAGACAUUCCAAAGUUAAUGGGUACGGCAGCAGCUUCCCAUGGUUUUAAAUACCUCCCUCCUCAUUUAGCGUUACAUCAAUCCAGUUUAGACCUUAGCGUGCCUCUAAAUUUAAGUGUAAAAUCUCAAAAUGGCGACAGCGAUGAGGAUGAAACUAAAUCGCGACCAGACGAAGAUAGCCUGUCAGAUUACGAAGCGCUUAAUUCACCUACAAAUAGCGACGGCGAACCUAUGGAAUAUCGUUGUGCUGCUUGUAGUCGAAAGUUUGCGUCAAAAGGGUCGUACAGGUAUCAUCUAAGUCGAUGUCAUCUCUCAAGUGUGAAACGGUACGGGAUCAAGGAGGCAUUUAACAUGAGUCCAUAUGUGUAUUUACCAUUGGAUCAUACUGCCAAAUUCUCAAAAUAUUAUGAGAUGGCAAAGGAACUUGCUAAUAAGGCAAAAGAAAAUAGAACUAAAUGAGAAUCUCAUAACCUGGUAAACUGACUUAUAUCACAGUACUGUAAACAGUUUGUUAAUAUAAUAUACUAUACUCUUAGUUAUCACAUUCUUGACAACGGUAUUUUUUCUUGUCGUAAUGACCACACUACAAAAUGAUGCAUUUCUCUAUAUUAUAGUUAUCUCAAAACUUUCCGAAUACUAUACUUUAAAGUGGCAUUUUUUCCAUGUUUACAAAUUGCCUUUCACCAGUAUGUUUAAUUCAUUUUAAGUGCAUAAAAAUAGGUAUUGAAAGUAGAUUUAUGAGCACAUAAAAUAUAUUUGUACAUUAUAUUUUCUAUUCCAAACUGAAAUUUGCAUUUUAUUGAGAAAACGAAAAUGAGUGUUAAAAAAUGUUUCAUAAAGUUUUGUGAAACUUUUGAAUUAUGAUCUUCAGAAUGAUUCAUCAAAUAUUUAUACUCCUUCAAUUAUAUAUGAUAUAUAUUAUACAUUUCUAAAAUCAAGAACCACUUAAAGUAUUAUCGCAAAGAAGAAAUAUUCAUUUUUUUGCUGUAUGAAUUUUUAUAUAGACAAAAAAACAACAACAAUAUUUAGAAGAAAAACAAAUCAUUGUAAGUAAAAAAAAAUGAAUUGUUGAUAAAGAAGUCUUGUUUACCAGGUGUUGAAAAAGAAUUAGAAAAGAAUUCCAAGUAUUUGAGUAUCCUAUAUGGGUUGUGAACUGUUAUUUGUUAUGAAAUUCUUUAUAAUUGAUAUUUUACAUAGCUUUAUAUAUGUCAUAUGUCAUAAGCUUUCUUCAUGUCUUUUAUUUGUUGUUGUUUUUUUCUUUUUUCACAUUAUUAUUAAUGCUGUCUAUGUAUAUUUAGAUUGCGCAACAAGUUUUGGUGCUUUAUAAGAAAUUAAUUUGCAUUUAUUCUGACUGCUGUCUUCAUUAAGUAACACUUUAUCUUAUUGAACUUAACACUGUCAUUUUUUUAUUCAUUUUUUUUUUUACUUUUAAAGAACAAUUUUCCUCAAUUUUCCUGCUUGUCAGGUCUUAUAGGUCUAAGAGCUGAUUGGUCUGUCAUUUGAACCAGUGAAUUUUUUCACUUAAUUGGGAAGAGGCCUUAGCCUUUUGAUUUUGGGAAAAAUUAUCGCUAAAACUGCUUAUUUGGGAAGUAAAAAAGCAGGUUUAAGUUACGAUUUUUGGGAAAACUGCAUGAUUUUAAAGAAAUUUUUAGUUGGUAAGAGGCCUUUAUAUAAACAGGAAAGUCACUGUGACCAAUAACAUGCACUCUUUCAAAGAUUCCUCCCACAAUAUUUUCUUAUCUUAAAUAAUUAUUAAAGUAAAAGUGCAUUUACAUUUACUUAAUAGUGAGGUGGUUAAAUAAUAGCUUAGUAAAUUUUGAUACCAUGGUAACUGUUGUAUGUUCUGAAUUUAUUAGGAGGUAUUUUAGAUUUAAUCAGCCCCCCACACCUUUUUUUGAAAGAGACUCAGGCUUGCGUACCUCACGAGACAUUUUUGUUUUUUAUUAGAAAAUUUGAUCUAUUUUGAUCUAACAUUCUUAAUGGCAUUUAUUGGUAUGUGUUCUAAGCCAUGUCCUCAGAAUAGCAUUUUUUUUGGAUAUCUCUUAAAUAUACAAGAAUUCCAGAUGUUAAGACUUUACUUUGAUUUUCCAUGGUCAUGUAGGCAUAAAAUUUUCUAUGUAAAAACAGUUGACAAAAUUUGUCCAUUCUUUUAAACAUUUGGUAUACAAUUCCGUUUUUUCUGCAAGAAUUGUGACUGUCUGUGUCAUGUUUUGUUAAGCAACUGUUGUUGUUAGUUUUGGAAAUUUUGUUAUUAUUGUUUGUAAGUUAUGAAUGUGUUAAGGGUAGUAGUGAAUAUUAUUGUUUGUAAGUUAUGGACAUUUUAAGGGUAGUGAAUAUUAUUGUUUGUGAGUUAUGAACGUGUUACGGGGAGUGAACCUCAACAAAACUUUGUAAAUAUUAAAAGAUAUUCAUUAAAUGAAUGGUACAGCAUUGACAAUCAAUGUAGAAUUUUUUUAAAGCCUAUCUUCCUUACAUUAUUUUACUAUAUUAUACAUGUAUAUUACUUAUUGUAAGAAAACAAGAGAUAUUGUACAGUUUUAAUUUUGUGAUUUAUACACAGCCUCUCUUUUUCCCCCUUUGCAAUUCUUAAAUAAGUUAGACAUUAAUUAAAAUUUUACUGGAAAUAUAGCAUUAUUUAGAAUUUAUAAAUUUCUAAGAAUUUCUUUGCACAUUUAUGUGCGGUUAUAAAAACAAAUUGUGAUACAGUUGCUAUUUAGAAUCUUAACACUUUAUUAUGGACAACAUCAUAUAAAUCAGAAAGUGCUGAUCCCCAUAGCUGCUUGUAUAAAAAGUUAUCAAUAAAUUAAAGCUAUAAAGUAAUGGCAGCACAUAACUGAAUGUUUCUGGGUUUUUUACUCGACUUUUACUUGUACUUAGAAAUUAAUGACAGUCAGAUCAUAAUUAUACUUCCUCCUGUUAGAAAAAUAAAGUUGAUGUUUCUUUUUGCAGGAUUUGUUUAUCUGCCAUACAAGUAAAUUUUUUUUGGCAAGGAAAUAUAUCUGUUUAAGAAAAUUAAUUAGACUCAACAUUGGAUAUUAUUUAUAUCAAUAGAUGAUAUCCCAUUGACGACUAAUAAAGCAAAAAUUGAAAAAUUUGUGGGAACAUGGAAUCCUAUAAAAUGCUAGAAAAAGUUUUUAGUUUCAAAUUCAUAAUGUCUUCCUGUCAGACCCAUUUAGAGGUCACAGGGUCAAGGUUAUUAAGACUUCCAAGUUCAAACCAUAAAACAAGAAAUUCUUCCAUCCAUAACUUCACAGAUAUUGUAUCUUCAUGCACUCUACCCACAAGACCCCCUCAAAGGUCAUGGGGUCGAAGGUCAAAUAAACAGGGUCAAGGUCGUCAGGGGAGCAUUGGGAUCAUUCAAAAUUAACUUGGUUAUAUACCUUUUUUCCUUCAUUUUUUUUUUAUUUGGCUAUUUUAAAACGCAAAUAACAAAUGCAAGAUUAGAAACAAGUUCUAAGAAAAGAUAAAAACAAAGAUUGCAUUUUAAAAUGUCCCUGCAAGCAGACUGUCUAGUUCACGACUGUCAUAAAAAAUGAUCAGUCGAGACUAGCUUUUACCAAGUUGAUAGAUAGCUGAUGUGAUGAUGAAUUUGUUUAUUUCAUGUUUUAUAUAAGGGAGGAAAAUUAAGUGAUUAUUCAUAGUUAUGUAUGAUGGAAGCAGUGUUUUUGCAGAAUGACAAACAAAAUGGCAACAAUCCGUCACAAUUACGUGCUUUCCAUCAAAAUGACGGAUUUUUCUGCGGGUUAUAAUGGCUACAAGCAUGAAAUAGUAUAUUAUAAAAAUUUAUGAACAGAUUUUCUUGUCAAAGACAGAUUGCUGCGUUUUAGAAUAUAACGCAUUGUGUUAAAGUAAAAAUAUGACUAGAAGUCAUGUAAAUGGAUAUUUGAAACUGUUCACAUUAUUUUUAAUGAAAUGGUGCAUUUUUGGUAUAGCAGUAAUUUAUUAUGAAAUUCUAGACUUUGAAUUUCAGUCAGAUUUAUCACUCUUAUGUUGUUUUUUUUGUUACAUUCAUCUUAAGUUGUAAUCGUGAUAGAAAUAAUGUAUGCUGCAUAACAAAUUAAUAAAAUAUUAUCACCUUAGUGCAGUAACGGGUUAACUCCUUAUAUAAUUUAAUAGGAGAUAACCUGUUACUGCAGAAACCUGACAGUAUCUAAAGUUGACUUUCACAGUCCUGUACUUUCAGACAGUAAAACUGGCCUAAUUCAUUCAGUAAAGAUAUUCCAUGUUUACUUCACUUACAAAUGUACUAAGCUUUGCUUUUACUUUUUUUUUCUACAUAAGUGUUCAAAAUCUGUUUUUGUGCAGUGGACAAAUAUUAAGGGAAAUUUUUAUUGCAUUUAUGAAGGUUUAUUGAAGAAUAUCAAAACAUUGAACCCAAAGAGUUAUAGGUACAACACUGAUAGAUCUAUAUUAUAGAUAUUGAGACAGCAUAUAUAGACAAAUAAGCUGAUCAGUUUUAUAUGCACAAUAAGUGUUAAAAAUGAAAAAAAAUCAUCUUGUAGAAAGGGGAAGAUGUGUUUUAUAAUGUUGAAAUAAUGGGCUAAGAGCAUGUUAGAUACUUAUCACUUGAUAAAAAUGGCACCAAAUGAAAAAAAAAUUAUCAUAUAAGUAGCAAAAUGUGAAAAUAGAGUGGUAUUUUGACUUCCAUACAAAAUUACUAUAAGUAUACUUAUUCCCCCCUCCCCCCAAGAAAAAAAAUGGCUCAGCUUUAUGGCCAAUAAGUAACAUUUGGAAAUGGUAACAAGACACCCAAAACAAAAGCCUUUGAAAUAUUGAAAAUUAUAAUGAAAAUUUUUGAGGCUUCAUGGGCUUUUAAUUAUCUUUUUAAAUAUUAGUAGACAUCCCUAAAACUUAAAACUAAUUAGAAGCAAGUUGGAGUUUAGUACAUUAUUCAAUUACAGCAAAGUAGGAAUUAAAACAGUAUAACCUAUUAGUCCUGUGUAUAUAUUAUGUUGGAGAGAGAGAGAGAGAUUUUUUAUUCCUGAUAUUUUUUCAUUGUAAUCCAAUUACAUAUCACACUUGUUUUUCUUUUGCUGCUGUGUUCAGUUUUGUACAGUUGUGUACCUUUGUUGUUUUCUUGUAUUACUUAUUUAUUACAGACUUACUUUUGAUGAUACAUUUUAAGAAUUUAUUAAGAUUUAUUUAACACAUUUGUAUUCAUAUUUUAAUAGCUAAAACAGGUAGGAAAAAGAAAGAACUUGCAUUUGUAUGUUUUUUUAUAGUACAGAAAUUUGAAAUUAUUUGUCUGGUUACAAAACGAACAUGUGCAAUUUAGUGUUCUGCAUGCAUGAAAAAUCCAUGCAGAUAUCAUAAAGUACAUGUAUAUUUAUUGACAUUAAUAAGUUCUGACAAUACGCCAUUUUUUGCCACUUUCCUUGUUUUAUUAAAAUGAAUUAAACUUUGGAUAUGAUAAGGAAUAACAAAAUGUUAAUUUAUAACUGAUGACUGAAAAAAUAUAAGGUCUAGCAGAUGACAAAUUUGUCUGAAUUAAAUCAAGACAAUUCUGGACAGAAUACCUUAAUUAUUAUAAUGUAUAUUUGCUGAAACAAAAAUUGACACAAACAUUUUAUUGGUGUUUAAAUUUGUUUUUUAACCUGUGUGUAACUGAUGUUUAUUUGUUUCUAUUUUAUUACUAAGAAAUCCUUAUUAUUAUACCGUUUUUUCUUUCAACACCAGGGUUUAUUUUAUCAUCAAUACCCAAAAAUAUUUCAAAAUUGCCAUAUCAUAAAAAUCCUGUAGAUGUUGUUUUAUUUGCUAUGCCACUCAUUUUGUUUGUACACGAUGUCUACUUUUUAACUUAAGGUUAUUGAAAUCAGUCUAUCUUAACUAUAUAAUUAAUUAUAUAAGUGAAGAAGAUUUUCUUUUAUAAAUACUUUCCUUCAAAGCCAAAACCAAAGUUACUAUGUAACAAAUUCAAAUAUCCAAAGAUGAUUUUACUUUACAAAGCUAAAAAGGUUGCUUGUGUUAAAUACAUUUUAAGAAAUUUCAUGUAAAUUUAUCAUCCAUUUGUUUUGAAAUUCCAGUAAAGAGAAUUUUAUCUUUAAAAUAUCCAUUUAAUAUGUCAGCACAAAAAUUGUUGCAUGUAGUUUUUUUUCUAAUUAAUGAAAAUUGAUAGAAAAAAAACCCUACAAAAAUAAAUAACUAAUGCUUCAAAACGAACAUAUUUUCUUAUUUUAAUAUUUUACCAACAUUCUACAAAUAAUAGGUUGUAUGUAUAGCAAUUUUCUGAAUUGUUUUUACAAAUAUUUGUAAAUUGAUAUUUUAUUUUACUUCUUUUGAAAUGAAAUAAAGGCAUGCAUACUUUAUCUUAAUUUUACAACAUAUCCCCAUUUAUGUUGCAUUUCAAGUUUUCUUGGUAAACCUCAUAGAAUGGAAAUGCUUUAAAUUUUAAAAUCUUACAUUAUGAUCUUGAAAACAUUGAAUCUUGUAAAACAAUAUUUUACCUUUUUAAUGAGGAAUUAAUCUGUAUACAUGUUUUUUUUUACAAUUCAUCAUCUCCCCAAUGCCAUGUAUGAUUAUACAUGUAUACCAUUUUAAUUUCAUAUCUUACAUUUUAUAGAUUUGACAUUUUACCUGUUAGCUUUAUACUUAUAUAUUUGGCUUACCUUUUUUGGCUUUAUUACCAUCCUUAAUUCAUUAUAUACCUGUAUUACAUCACUUUUUGCCUUUUUGAUGUUCUGUGAAUUUCCAUGGUUGAAAAUAUGUUUAUUACUAUAAUACAAACAAAUAUGAAAAAAAGAA